GCAACACAGCGGACCUUGCACAGCGCUAACACGAUUUAUUUCUGUACUUAUCGAUUGAUUUUUUUUUUGACGAGCAAGCACGCUUAGCAACUAACUGUAGUUAGUUCUGGAUAACUGUAACGUUUUUUUUCUGCCAGGUAUUAUUAUUAUACCUGGGCACCUGUCACACAUCAAAGCGCAAAUAGUUUGUAAUGCUGAUUGUGAAGUCACGGGCUUCGUGAGAGUUGGGUGUCUGGCGCUUCAUUUGUAAAAUAAAACUAGACAUUCUUCAAGUUUGACAUCAAUAUGGACUUCAAGUACAGCCUACGUGACAUCUUUAUUUGUAUAUUAUAUUUUUAAUUAUACAUACGAUUUGAGUGCACAGUGAUCAGUACUUCCCCGUCUGUUUAAUGGAUCUGAAGUAUUUACCAAAUCUACUUUGACAAUAACAACGAAGAAAAAAAAUCUGCACGAAGCAACGCUCUUCAGUUUUGUAAUGCGCCUUUUAAAAAGUCCAUAAUUGAACAGCGGAAUGUACAUUUAAUAUACAUUUUACACUUUUAUGAAAGAAUAUUCUGUAUUUCCACCAAAGAAUAUGGGAGGGGAUAUCCCAGGUCUGAACGUAAGCUCGGAUUCUGCUUCAUCAGGAGAUUCUGCUAAAAUCAACGGGACUGACGCCGCUUUCUCCGGGUAUAUCAUGGUGAUACUGGCUGUGCUGAUGGUCACCCUUGUGGUUGUAACGGUGCUGGGAAACGCACUGGUGAUCCUUGCUUUUAUUGUGGACAAAAGCCUGAGAAAUCAAAGUAACUAUUUCUUCCUAAACCUGGCGAUAUCAGAUUUCCUAGUUGGUGCUUUUUGCAUUCCUAUCUACAUCCCUUACAUCCUGACAGGAAGAUGGAUGCUUGGGAGAGGCUUAUGUAAGCUUUGGCUAAUCAUAGAUUACCUGCUGUGUACUGCUUCCGUCUUCAAUAUUGUCCUGAUAAGUUACGAUCGCUUCCUCUCUGUAACCAGAGCUGUUACUUACAGAGCCCAGCAAAACAUGACCAAGCAUGCCAUUGGCAAGAUGAUUGCAGUGUGGGUACUGGCAUUCCUUUUGUAUGGCCCAGCCAUCAUCUUCUGGGAGUUUGUGGUGGGGAACAGCAUAGUUCCCGAUGAUGAGUGCUUUGCAGAGUUCUAUUACACCUGGUAUUUUCUACUUUGUGCUUCAACUUUCGAGUUCUUUUCUCCAUUUAUCUCUGUGGCCUAUUUCAACUUGAGCAUCUACCUAAAUAUACAAAAACGGAACAGGAGCAGAAUCAACCAGAUGAAGGAAAGGAACAGUCAUCUGCCUGCCAGGAGAGCUGAAGAGCAGUUGACUUCGGUGUUCUUUGUGAAAACCCGUAAAACGUCUUCAGGUGAUCGAGCGGUCAGGACGGAGGUGAUCGAAGAUGAUGCAUCACCUUCCUCCAGCUGCCCAAGCAACGCUUCCCUUGUGUUAAAAAAGAAGGCGACAACCAGCAACCUGACAUGCAUGAAUGUCAAUCCCUCCUCAUCUGAGAGGAGACUGGACAACAAAAUCACUCAGCAUUCCCGGCUCUCUAGAGAUAAGAAAAUUGCCAAGUCACUGGCUAUCAUCGUGUGCAUUUUUGGGAUCUGCUGGGCACCUUAUACGCUGUUGAUGAUCAUCAGAGCAGCCUGCAGUGGCAGCUGUGUUGAGCACCACUGGUAUGAAAUCACAUUUUGGCUCCUAUGGUUAAAUUCUGCUAUUAACCCAUUUUUGUAUCCUCUCUGCCACAGCAGUUUUAGAAGAGCCUUUGCUAGGAUACUGUGCCCAAAAAGAAUGUCAAUACAGCCUGAGACUGAGACUAAUUCUUGCCAGUGAUGGUAAACCAUGUGGGAUAUCAAAGCAGUCUGGUAACGAAAUGCUUGUCAAAUAUAGAAAAUCUUUUUUCUAUGGAUGUUCCAAGUGAGAAAUGUAGCCGAUUUGGACCUUGGACCAACAGCAUUGCAUUUUGAGGAACUAAAGCAGAGAAAAAAAUACUAGGUGAAAGGUUAUUUAUAGUUUUUUCACAGUUUGCAUAUUGCUUUGCAGUGUGUCUACUGUAUAUGUAUUAAAAUAAUUGUACUGUAUGUUGUCUGUAUGUUUGGAAAAGAAAUGCUUUAUCUUUUAUUUAAAGGUUUACAUAGAAGAGCUGUUGACUUUUGUGGAAUCACUUGAAACAAUGGCAGUAUUUGUUUCAGUUUUCUUAUCUUUUUGACCACAUUGUCUUUCAAUGUACUGUAUUUCAGA